AUGUAUAUCAAAUUAAUUCGUUUAAAGAAUUUUAGGACCUAUAAAGAUUUAACCUUGUUCUCACUCUCACCCAAUUACAACGCCAUCGUUGGUCUGAAUGGUUCUGGUAAGAGUAAUGUGUUGUUGGCUGUGAGUUUUGUUUUGGGUGACAGUGUGCCUGGGUUUACCAGGUCAGAUUACCUUUUCAAGGGCGACCAGAGCUCCACCUCGCCCGAUUUUUCCGCUUUCGCAGAACUUAUCCUCGACAUCUCCGAUCUAAAUGUUAAUACUUUACAAUCUGUCGAUCUUCAGGGGACUGAACUUAGCCUCCAACGUGUCAUCACAGAGUCCACCGACACUUUUUUAAUCAAUGGAACACAAGUCAAAUUCAAAGAUUAUAAACAUUUCUUACACUCCAUAGGGCUGUCCCCAUACUCUUCUAGUUCCCCCAACUCUUCUAGUUCCCUAGGUUCAUAUGUGUUUUACAGUGUUUUACAAGAUUCUGUGACUAAAUUGGUAUCGUAUAGUGCGGAGGAACGGCUGCGGUUAUUCCGUGACGCUAUUGGGCAUAACACUUUCAGUCACCGUGUGACCGAGUGUGUUAAACUAUUAACUGAGACUGAAAAUGUGUUAGAGGAGGUGGAGACGGGAUUUUCCAAGUUGAAGCGAAAGCUGAGUGCGUUACAGUUGGAAAGUGACAGGCACAGUAAUUGGAAACAGCUGGACACCAGGCGGAAAGUGCUAGAGUCAAACUUACUCCAGCUGAAACUCAACGAAAUGACACAAAAACUCGAAAAGUCACACCAACUCCAUGACGAAACACGGGAUAAAAUUGUACUAAUAGAGGGUAAAAUUGUGCUCAUAGAGGGUAAAAUUGGGGAAAUCAGCGCUAGUCUAUGUGAGCCUACUGAGGAAACGAAUUUACAACAACUACAACAGAGAAUUGGUGAGUCAAUUGUGGAAUUAAAUGACUUGGAGAGUGAGAGAAUUAAGCUAACGGAGGUGAACGCAGUGCUCUCGUUGGAACUCUCGGAGUUGGAGUCGGAGCUCCUUCGUACCGGUGACAAGUUAACAGAAACCACUUUACGUAUGGGUAAUAUGAACUUAGAAUUGGACAACACAGUUAAAGUCUUACAAGAGCAGCUAAAGUAUAACCAGCAGCAGCUUAAAGAACAUGAAAUCACUAUGAACAGGUUGGACAAAUUACUCCACCAAUGCGCUGGGGAUAUCAAUUCUGUAUUGUGUGAGAUGGAGAAAUGUGAAUCUGACAAGAAUAUUCAGAUGCAGGAGUAUGAGUUAAGUACGCAGGAGAUGGAAAGGAUAACAGAAUCAAAACGUGUGAAACAGCGUGAGUUAUCAGUGGAGCUGGGGAAAUUAGCAAAGCUAAAGGUAAACUUACAAAGAGCACAGGAAACAUUCAAGACUACAUCACACACAAAUUAUCACACACUAAACAUACUACAACAGUUUCUACAAACUCAAGAAUCUGUGGCAUAUGUGGGAGUGUUGAUAGACAUGAUAGAGAUCAGGUCAGAGUACAGGAUAGCGGUGGAGCAAGUUCUGGGCUCAAGGCUAUUUACAAUAAUUGUCUCCACAAUGGACACUGCCAAAAAGCUCAUCAACUACAUCCAACAACACAAUCCCACACACAACAUACAAAUCAUCUCUCUCGACCUAAUUCACCCUGUCAACAGUGUUAAUGGAGUUAAUAAUGUUAAUAGUGUUAAUGGAGUUAAUAAUGUUAAUAGUGUUAAUGGAGUUAAUAAUGUUAAUAGUGUUAAUGGAGUUGAAGUUAGUGAGGAUCGGGGGGAAAGAGUGGUUAAGAUGUUGAAUUGUGUUGAGUGUGGCGAGGAGUUGCGUGGCGUUUUGCGGAUGCUACUGAAGGAUUUUAACCUUGUUCCAGACUCCAAAACGGCACUUAAACUACUAUCACACAAUAAAAAUUCCGUUACGCCAACCGGGGAAAUUUAUUAUGGCAAUGGUAUAGUGACUGGUGGAUAUGUUAAUUUAUCAAGUUCAAUUCUUACAAAUUAUUACAAAAUGAAGAGUAUGGAGGAGGAGUACAAUGCUAUAGAGUCUAGGAUUACUGAGUUGAACUCAGAACUGGAAACUAUUAACAGGGGGUUAGAGGAGGCCAGGGUGAAAUAUUCUUUGAAUAAACAAAAUCUCAACAACACAACGGAGCAGUUCAACUCUCUCAACAUCACUCUCAAUAAUCUGAAACUAAAUGAGGAAAUGCUAAGGAUGAAGUUGAACAGUAACAAAUCCAACCAAUACAAACAACAAAUCCAACACAUCAACAAUAAACUCACAAAGAGAAAGAGUGAGAGGAUGGAUGAGAGUCGUAUGAUGGAGUUGAGGUUGGAGAGAUCAGGUUUACAGGAGCUUAAGGAGGAGUUGGAGGAAAAGUUAGCCUCGCUGACACUGAGGAAAAGUGAUUUAUCCAACAAUAUCCUCAGGAACACACAACUGAUCACACAAUAUGACACACAAAUUUCUGAUCUCAAACACGCUCUCAAAUCACUCCAAUCCACACAAAACAUGACAGAACAACUUAACUCCAAUCACAAUGAGGAGGAGCUGAUGGAGCGUAUGAGGCUGGAGAAUGAGUUGAAGCAGUUACAAAACCAGCUAAAGGAAGAAAAUAAUAAAAUAUCCUCAAUCAAUCAUUUUAUCAAUUCAAUUGUAAUUGGUAUGAAUGAGUAUAAGAAUGAGUUGGGUUGUGUGGAUGUGAGUGUGAGGGAGCAGAUGUUGAAUAAUUUCAUCACUCAACGUGACGUCAUUCUCGAUCAAUUGUCCAAAAUUCAUCAGGAAUGUGACGGUAUGGAGUACAUGAGUAAGAUCAACGUGAAGGAGUACGAAACCCUCAACGCCGAGUUUAAACUCCUCGAACAACGAAAAAACCACAUCCUCACCUCCAAACAACAAAUUCUACAAUCCAUCCACAUGUUGAGUCGUGACAAGGAUAGAAAUUUGGUUGAUUUGUUGGCGAGGAUGAAUAGUUAUUUACUGGAGAUUUUCAGGCACUUUGUUCCAAACGGAUCCAUCAAACUUGUGUUAAGGAAUUCUGGUAUCCGUUACGGGGCUUGCUACCGCUCACAACUUACUCCUGGGGGUUCUAGUUCUCCCUACCAGGACACUAUCUCCCACUAA